UAUAAUUAACAACAGCUGUGCACCGUGUCUGUCAAUAUGUGUACACUAUUUUUACGUCUUACAAUAGUUUUGGUGUUACUUGUCCAUGUUACGGUCAAUGCCAAUUCGAUGUUGGAAUCUAAACUCUGCCAGUACCUGAUGAAGAUUGAUUGUGCUACGAAGGCCGAUAACCCGGUCUGCGGUUCUGACGGAAAACUCUACAGUAACAGUUGUUUCUUUGGACAAGCGGUUUGCAGUGGUUUGGAUCCCGGACUAAGACCAAUUGGCACAGAGAACUGCAUGUCGCCUGUAAAUCUCCCAUAAAACAGAUUAUUCUCUUACUCCAAUAUUUAACUUAUUAUUAAAUUCAUCGUAUCUUUGA